AUGUCGACAUGUGGGGGUACAUCCAUUACCCAGCUGCAGGCGAUCGACCCGGACGGCGAGCCGUUGAUUUUCGGUGUGGUCGGGGAAGAGGCCAUGCGGUACUUCGCUGUGCAGGAGACCACUGGGGUUGUGUGGCUGAGACAGCCGCUCGACAGGGAGACCAAGUCAGAGAUGGAGGUGGAGUUCUCAGUCAGUGACAGUCAAGGGGUCGUCAAGAAUAAAGUGAGCAUUCAGAUCGGAGAUGUAAAUGACAAUGCACCAUCAUUUCUCAACCAGCCGUAUUCUGUUCAGAUCCCAGAGAACACUCCAGUGGGAACGUCUGUGUUCAUGGUGAAUGCGACAGACCCGGAUCAGGGUGCGGGCGGCAGUGUGCUCUUCUCCUUCCAGCCUCUCUCUCCGUUCUUCUCCAUUGACGGGGCCAGAGGAAUCGUUACUGUGGCGAGAGCGCUGGACUAUGAGACGACAACUGCCUAUCAGCUCACUGUUAAUGCCACGGACCAGGAUAAACGCCGUCCUCUCUCGAGUCUGGCAAAUUUGGCAAUUACCAUCACUGAUAUUCAAGACAUGGACCCCAUCUUCACCAACCUCCCCUACAGCACUAAUAUAAUGGAGGACGCACCACCAGGUUAUGAAGUCCGUAGGAUCAGGGCGAUCGAUCAAGACUUAGGUCGACCACGUGGAAUCGGAUAUACAAUCAUAUCAGGUAACACCAACAGCAUGUUUGCUCUCGACUACAUCAGCGGAUCCCUGACAGUGAGUGGACAGUUGGACCGGGAAAACCCCUUGUACUCUUCCGGAUUCACAAUCACAGUAAAGGCCACAGAGCUGAAUGACGAUCGCACACCAUCAUCUGCCACCGUCAUGACCACCUUCACCAUCCUGCUGAUCGAUAAAAAUGAUAAUCCGCCCAGGUUUAACAGCUCUGAAUAUCGCGUCCUGAUUCCAGAGCUGGCGCAGGUCGGCUUUGCUUUGCCUCUGUACAUACAGGUCGAAGACAAAGACGAGGGGGUGAACAGCAUGUUUCAGGUGGUCCUGACGGGGAAUAACUCCGAGCACUUCAGCAUCUCUCCCACCUCAGUGCAGGGCAGAGCGGAUCUCCGUGUGCGUGUGGCCGUCCCGCUGGACUACGAAACCAUCAGGAGCUACAGCUUUUCUCUGUAUGCCAACGAGUCUCUGUCGGAGCAUGUGGGCUUUGCUCGGGUCUUCAUCGACCUCAUCAACGAGAACGACAACAGGCCGAUCUUCAGCCAGGCGCUUUAUAACAUCAGUUUACUCGAGAGCACCGCUGUUGGAACAUCUCUACUGCAGAUCAAGGCCACGGAUAAUGACAUUGGCACGUUUGGAGUGGUUCGUUAUUACUUCAGCGAUGAGCCAGACCAGUGAGAUUAUCAUUCAUUAACAUACUGUGACCUUUCACACUGAUACAGCAUCCUGUUUAAUUCAUUCAUUUCCUCUGAUUAAUUUAAUCCACAUCUCUGUAGAUUUGCAUGCCUUUCUCUUCUGUUUCCAUAGACUGAUUUCUUCUGUGGCUGUGUUUCAAAUUAAAUACUACCA